AGAAGAAAAAGGUGGGGGAUAUAAUGUCAUGAUUUUCAUUUUGUUUUAGUAAAGUUUGGUUUUUUUGUUUCAUUUUUCUUUUUUUUUUUGGUUUAGUUGGGGUUUCUGGGUUACUCCAAAAAGUGUGUACUUUGAUGAGAUCGGGUUUUGGGGUGUGUUGUACUGUGGUGUGGUGGGUGGUAAUGCUGGAGAUUUGGGCUCCUUGCAUGUGAGAUUUGGGACUUAGGGUUUUGGGUCAUUGUUCUUUUCUUAUUCUGGUGGUGGUGGUGGCGGAGGAGGAGGAGGAGGAAGGGGGUUUCUCUGUGAUGGUGUGUCGGGUUGUGAGGUGUUGUUUGGAUCUGAGGUUGUUCUCGCUGUUGCUAUUGUUGGUUACAUAGUUGAGAUGGAGAGAAAGUUCUGGGCUUUAGCUUUCAUCUUGUGGUUCUUGUUGGUUCAUCCACUAUGGCUCAUUUCUGCUAACAUGGAAGGCGAUGCUUUACAUAGUCUGAGGACAAAUUUACAGGAUCCUAACAAUGUUUUGCAAAGUUGGGAUCCCACACUUGUGAAUCCUUGCACAUGGUUUCAUGUAACAUGCAACAAUGAUAACAGUGUCAUAAGAGUUGAUCUUGGAAAUGCUGGUUUGUCUGGUCAACUUGUUACACAACUUGGUCAACUCAAGAAUUUGCAGUAUUUGGAACUUUACAGCAAUAACAUUACUGGCCCUAUUCCAAGUGACCUGGGGAAUCUUACUAACUUGGUGAGCUUGGAUCUGUACCUAAAUAGUUUCACUGGCCCUAUCCCUGAUUCAUUGGGAAAGUUGUCGAAAUUGCGGUUUCUCCGGCUUAACAACAACAGCUUGACGGGCCCCAUUCCAAUGUCACUGACUAAUAUUUCAUCUCUUCAAGUUCUGGAUUUGUCUAAUAACCAUCUGUCUGGUGUGGUUCCUGAUAAUGGCUCCUUCUCAUUAUUCACUCCCAUCAGUUUUGCCAACAACUUGGGUCUAUGUGGACCAGUCACUGGACAUCCUUGUCCAGGCUCUCCUCCAUUUUCGCCUCCUCCCCCUUUUGUGCCUCCUCCCCCAAUUUCUGCCCCUGGAGGUGGUAGUGCCACUGGGGCAAUAGCCGGAGGAGUUGCUGCUGGCGCUGCUCUAUUAUUUGCUGCUCCUGCAAUUGCAUUUGCAUGGUGGCGUCGAAGAAAGCCGCAAGAAUUUUUCUUUGAUGUGCCUGCUGAGGAGGAUCCCGAGGUCCAUCUUGGGCAACUUAAGAGGUUCUCACUACGUGAACUGCAAGUUGCGACAGACAGUUUCAGCAAUAAGAACAUUCUCGGUAGAGGAGGAUUUGGUAAAGUGUACAAAGGACGUCUGGCAGAUGGUUCAUUGGUCGCUGUGAAAAGAUUGAAAGAGGAACGCACACCUGGUGGGGAGCUUCAGUUUCAAACUGAAGUAGAGAUGAUUAGCAUGGCUGUGCAUAGGAAUCUCCUACGUUUACGUGGAUUUUGUAUGACACCAACAGAAAGGCUACUUGUUUAUCCUUACAUGGCGAAUGGAAGUGUUGCCUCAUGCUUAAGAGAGCGUCCUGCACAUCAAGAACCACUAGAUUGGCCAACCAGGAAAAGAAUUGCUUUGGGAUCAGCAAGGGGACUUUCGUAUUUGCACGAUCACUGUGAUCCAAAGAUUAUUCAUCGUGAUGUGAAAGCUGCAAAUAUAUUAUUGGAUGAGGAGUUUGAGGCUGUCGUUGGGGACUUUGGACUGGCAAAACUUAUGGAUUACAAGGACACCCAUGUGACAACUGCCGUACGGGGCACAAUUGGACACAUAGCUCCGGAGUACCUAUCUACCGGUAAAUCUUCAGAGAAAACCGAUGUUUUUGGCUACGGAAUCAUGCUUCUGGAGCUUAUUACCGGACAAAGAGCUUUUGACCUUGCUCGACUUGCAAAUGAUGAUGAUGUUAUGCUUCUUGAUUGGGUAAAAGGGCUUCUGAAGGAGAAAAAGCUUGAAAUGUUGGUUGAUCCUGAUCUACAUAACAAUUACAUAGAAGCCGAGGUAGAGCAGUUAAUCCAAGUCGCGCUGCUCUGCACACAAGGCUCCCCAAUGGACCGGCCGAAGAUGUCAGAAGUGGUACGAAUGCUUGAAGGCGAUGGCUUGGCAGAAAGAUGGGACGAGUGGCAAAAAGUGGAAGUUCUCCGGCAGGAAGUGGAACUAGCUCCUCAUCCUAAUUCUGAUUGGAUAGUUGACUCUACUGAGAAUCUACAUGCAGUGGAGUUAUCUGGUCCAAGGUGACCUUAGCAUAGUACUUAAGUUUGAGAAGUAAAAAAAAAAAUGGAAUUAUUUAUGACUUAUUUUUUAACUAUAAAAGUUUUCCUCACUUUUUACUUUUAUUAUUAUUAUUAGUAUUAUUAUUAUUUUUUCCUUCUCUUUUUCUUUUUGGUUCCUUUGGAAGUACCGUAUCCUCUGAUUACAUCUUCAUGUAAGUCACUUGCAUUAUAUUCAUUUUACAUUUGUGCAUAGGAGGUUCACUUUGUCAAGUUGCAAUAUUUGUAUCAUCUAAUGCAGUUUUGAUGAAGUGAUGAUUUUUCUUU